AUGAAUGCGCCCAUCGAAGACGACAGGUCUAUCGCCGGCCCGAAAUACAUCUUUGAGCGACACGAAGAGAAGAAGAUCAGACGCCGAUUGCUGCAGAGCGCCUUCUUCUUUGAUGUCCUCGCUGUAGCGCUCGUAAUGUCGCUAUGCAUUGGCGGUUGGACGAGAAGCAACUCCGGCUGGUCGACCGGUACCAUGAGCGAAGAAUCGCACCUCGUCACAUGGUCGGCGGCAUACCGCCGGAAUGCGACGGGACUCGAAAGGACCUUCGCCAUGAGUUGGUUCCUCAGCAGCUGCUGCUAUACGGAAGACACAAACGAUGGGCUCGGGCAGGGAGGCUGCAUUCACCGGAUGCCCGGCAGCCCGUUUGAUCUCGGCAGUAUCAUGGCCGAUAUCACAGCCAGGUUGACUGAGGCAGACAAUCUGAACUACGAUGGGGACGGAGCAGGCAUGUUUGAGGGCCUGGAAAACAUUGACUUGUCCUCCGCGACCACGAUAACCGCAUCACGCGACGCACUUGCUUCCUACGGCAUCUUCUUGGCUCUGUCUCUCGGAGUAUGGCUGUGGCACCUCAUUGUUAAGAGAAAUUCGGUUCAGGUCAAGCCGUCAUCCUGGCGCGUCAUGGCAUAUUCUCAAGGUCUGGCGGUGGUCGCGUUGUUGGUCGCCUCGGCCGUGACGACGGCAUCAGCCUACAAGGCUGAUGGUAUUCUCGGGGAGCACGAGGUCGUCUUCAGGUACCACUCUGCCGGCAAGUCAUUCGCGGUCAUGACGUGGUGCGCGUUCAUCAGCCACUCAUUCGGCCUGCUGGCGUACGUCGGUUCGGUGCUAGUGUGUGAACGGCUGCAGCGGCCGGAGCUAUAUCCACCAGAGCCAGAACCGGAACCGGGAACAGUGCAACCGGCAGUUGUAGGGCGUGGAGUCAACAGAGGAAAUAGGCGAGACGCACCCGUUCACAGAGAGCAAGACCCGGAUGAUGUCGACGACGAACUGCCGCCAUACUCGAGGGUCGACCCGUACGGAAUAAGCAUCAGUAGGAUGGGGAGGCAGGGGUCCCAGACAUCACGAGAGUCCUUUGAAGACAUUGAACUGGGAACGGUCGGGAAUCGUGGGCACGCGCAUGACGUUGAUCUGAGUGUGCCGGCACCAGACUACGAGCUACAUGAGAGCCCGUCGAACCGCGGUGCUGGCAGAGGACCUGGGAGUUCGACCUGA